AUGUUUCACUACAAAGAAAGUGAUUCAUCUCCUAUCUAUUUCCAAAGCAACAAAACUCAAAAUGAUAUUCAGAGUGUCUCCUCAAAAACAAAUGAAUUUUUCAUUAUUCAACCAUUAAAAAUUCUUAUUCAAAAGAAUAAACAUUCCACACAAAGUGUAUUAUUAGUUUUAGAUUUUGAACAGGUUAACCAUAGUAAAUUCAAUUCAUCAACCAUACAAACGAAUAAUGUUCCAAGAUAUAAUACAUUGAAUUCCAAUAGCACUAUACUUACAACACAUAAGUUAGAUUCAUCUCUUCAAUCACAACUAGAUCCCUCAGUAUCUGUUGUUGAUAUACACAAUAAACUGAAUAUACAAUCUGGAUAUGAAUCACAAAUUAAUGAAAGCAGAAAUCCUACAAAUUUAGAUCAUAUUCAUAGAAUAACCAAUGGGCAACAACGUUAUUUAACAGAAGUCAAGUUGUAUUUAUAUAAUAAUAGAACAAUGAACUGUAAAAAUUAUGAUUCUGAAAAUUUAAAUGAUUCAAUUUCAGAGAGAAUUUCUCAUGUUAAAGCUGUACCAUGUGAAAUAAUCCAUACGCAAUAUUACCAUUCUCCUAAAGAGCAUUAUCCACAAGAUAUUCCACUAUCGUUCGUGUCAGUAUCUAACUGUGUUUCUAUCAGCUGUCCAUCGCCACCACAAAUUUCUGUAAGGAAUAAAAUCCAAGAUUGUAAUUUAAAAAUGGGGGACAUUUUUGCAAGCAGAAAUAAAAACAAUACAGAUUCUAUAUUACAAGAAACAAUUUUCCCUAAUAUAAAGACACCGAUGAAUCAGUGUCCUUUAAAGUCGACGAAUAAUGAAAUAAACUCAUCACUAAAAUCUGAUGAAAUACCAUUGAAAGGUGUUAAAGAUUGUUCCAAUUCAUACAAAGAUAGUUAUCCUUAUAGUGGGAAAAAAUCUGUCGGUAUGCAGUUUAAAUUAUUUGAAAAAACUCAGGCACUAAAAGAGAUUGUGAUUCAAACAACUUAUGAAGACACGGAAACAUUUUUCCAGACAAAGAAAUUCAAACAUCCAUUAGAAAAAACUUUCGUACCAUUAAAUGAACAACGAAGUAAUGACCUCUCAUUUUCUCCCAAACAAACUCCUAACAAAAGUGACUACAGUCAAGUGAAGUCUAAUUAUCUGAAUGACAACAUAGUUUAUGUUAAUCAAACAGGUAAAUUGGAUGAUUCAGGUACAACAGAUAUAGAUAAUAGGACAUAUGUUUGUAGCUGUCUUCAUUUCGACUGCCCGACAGAACAAACUGAUACAACUUUUAAAAUAAACGCUCAUAUUCCUCAGACAAAACCGAAAUAUUCAAAAAAUUCGCAAAGUUUUCCAACAGAAUGUUGUUCAUACUUUUCAAUUUGGGAAAAAGUAUCAUCAAGAAAAUCAAAUAUUAUGAAAGCAAAUCAUGAUGUCAAACAUGAGCACAAAUGUAUGGAACAAUAUUCAAACAAAAAGCAAAUCUUUUUUGAUAAACAUCAAAGUAAUAACAAACUAACAUCUAAGAAAUGGGAUGAAAGUUCACAAUCCUCUUUCAGUAUAAUGAAUGUGGAUUUCGAUAAACAAUCAUGUCGAUCUAACAACGGAAAGGGUGUUGUAUAUUCCAAUACAAAGAAAGAAAUUCGAUAUGAUGGUGUGAUGGACGAAUGUAACAGAAUAUGUACUUCUAGCCCUAGCGAGAGCAAAACGAACUCAAAUUUACUGACAGUCAAUUCUUCCAUAAGAGACAGUGAGAAUGAAAAAUCCUACAUAUUACAUAAGUGGUUACAAGAACAGGUAGCCUAUUCAACUGGAAGAAACAUGUCUAAAUUUAGUGAAGAGAUUCCAUCCUUGGAGGUUAAUCGCUCACCUACUUCUCCAAAAUGUCAGAUCUUGGAUUCUGCUGAAAGCAAGGAAAUUAGAUUUUCCAAUAUCGUGUCGCCUUCUGUAUGUUCUUUAUCAUCUUCGACACUGUCGGUGUUUCAUAUUGACUCGAAAAAAAUUUCUAUAACUUCAGAAAGCAAUGAUCAACCGAGAAAACACAGUAUUGUUGUUCAAAAAUCCAGUGAUAAGUUUCCAAUAUUUCAAAGCAUAAACAAAUAUUAUACAACUGAAAUUCAGAGUGGUUGGACUUCAUCAAAUAAAAAAUGUGAACAACUGUUCAACAGCCUUAAUCCUCAACGAAAUUUAAGUUCAAACAAGAAGUUCAAAAAUAUCGAAACAAGUUCACAAUAUGGAUUAUUUACUCUUAAAAUCCAUAAUGGAAGUUCAAAGCAACGAUUAAAAUGUAGAAAACCUUUAAAUAUUCUUUCAAAUUCUUUAUCUUCAUCAAGCAGACUUCAAUCAAAAUUUAACUCAUUUGAAGUUAAUUCACAGAAAGCAGAGGCCAGUUCAUCAAAUCAUCAUGUAACAGAUGAAAACAUUGAUCGAAAUUCAUUAUUAUUUCAAAUUAAUAGACAGUCUAACGAAAAUUUAACGACGGAUAAUCAAAGAAAAUCAUCUUCCAUUUCAGAAAAUCACCUAAACAAGACAGCAGAAAUUCUCACUUCUAAAAUUAGAUCAAACUGUUUGACAUACAUGAAUGCGGAUUCUUUCACAAUUAAUAAUAAUGAACAUUAUAAUAAUGAUUUCAAAGAGAUUUUUGAAUUAAGUCCAUAUGAUGAUUUAGUAAAAAGUUAUUUAACUACUACUGAUAGAAGGAUAAAAGCCAUUGCUACAAAAAAUAAUUGUAUAAUCAAACUACAUGGACCAUUUACACUAUCUAAACAUGUAAAAAAUGAUAGAGUUAUUCUGUCUAAAAUUAAAUAUGAAUGUCAUGUUUAUGCUGUAAAUGAAAAGAUGCUUAAAAAAUGCAUAAAUUAUAUUAAAGAAACCUUUCCCAACUCUGUAUUACAUUUUAUUCAUAGAAAGUAA